AUGAGCUGCAAGGAGAUGCGUGCUAAUGCCACACGCCUGUCGGCUAGCUGUUGUCAGUUGACGCGUCCCAGCUUGGACACAGGCUAUGCAGAUUGUCGUGACAGCUUAAAGUUGCCCAAAGAUCGUCACUUUACCUUCGCCGAGCUCUAUACCAUUAACAUGUGCCUGGAAGAGUGCAACUAUAUAGGCUCUGGCUAUAUUGAUGUGGAUCCGCCCUUUCGCCUGGACAUGGGCCGCGUAAAGCAAAACUUGGAGCACAUACUGCCACAGCCAAAAGCCACAACCGUUGCCUUUAUGUUCGAUGCCUAUGCCAAGUGCGAAGUAUAUCGAGCACAGCACGCAGCACGCUUUGCGCUGCAUCUGCCGGAUAUUGAAUUCAUUGAGGAGAAGUGCAACCCGUUCGCGUUGCACGUGACCAUCUGUGUGCGCAUCCAUGCGAUGCAGAAGUGCCCCAAGGAGUUCUACUCGCCCAGCGCCCAAUGCCACAUGGCUCAAACUUUCUUUACAAAGUGCGUGGAUGACAUUGAAACGAAUCUUUCGUAA